AUGCUGUCUGGGAAAUUCUGGCUUCAGAUUCGAGCCAUCAAUGGCGGUUCCCGCUCUUUCUUCUUCAAGUCGAUUGGCAGCUUCUCCACCACCACCACCACCACCUCCCAAGCGGCGGAAGUCAUCCGAAUUGCUGACAUGGUGGACUAUCUGAUGAACUCCCUCGGCUUCUCCAAAGAUGCUGCCAUAACCAUUUCGAGUAAGGUACCUCGCUACCGUCCUUCUCUAGAAAAAGCAGUUUCAGUUUUCAAUUAUUUCGAUAAAUUGGGUGUAAGUAAAAUGCAAAUCAAGAGUAUGGUUUCUAAAUAUCCCGGUUUAUUAUGUUGCAAUGUGGAUAAAACCCUAGAUCCGAAAGUUAAGUUUCUCCGAGAACUUGGUCUGUCUGGUUUGGACCUGUGCAAUGUUAUUGCAAUCUGCUGGUCAAUGGCAUUGGAUCCGUCAAUUAAACUCCGUAUUUUGAAUUUACGAGAAUUGGUGGGUACUGAUGAUUAUGUAGUUAGAAUUUUGAGGAGAUGGCCUUUUGUGCUGCGCGGUUGGGACACUGAAAUGGUAGACAGUAAUUUAGAGCUGCUGAGAGACUAUGGCAUUACCUAUGAUAAUAUUGUGAAAUGGAUUGCGAGGCAGCCUCGGAGUUUUUUCACCACAAAACCUGAGGUCUUGGAGGAUAUUUUACAUAGAGUAGAAAACGUUUUGGGCAUUCCUCAUGGUUCAGCUAUGUUCCACCAUGGCUUUGACCUCCUCUGUUCAUUUGAUAUGUCAAAGGUUUAUGAGAAAUUCGGAGUGCUCCGAAGCUUUGGCUGGCCUGAAUCACUUAUACUGAAAAUGGUUAGGACACACCCUCUUACUUUCACCAGGUCAGCUUCUGUAAUACAGAAAACUGUUGAUUAUUUUAUGAACGACCUUGGAUACAGUAUGGACUUUUUGGCUUCCCACCCUUCUUUUCUUUCAUAUAGUUUAGAAAAGAGGGUGAAGCCUAGGAAUGAAGUUUUGAAAAUUCUAAAUGAGAAUAAGUUGAACAAGAGAAAGGCAGGGUUAACUGCUCAAUCAGUAAAUAAGCAAACUUGUUCUGCGCAUUGA